CACGGUCGUAACAAUACCUUGAUCUUGCAUUCGGACACUCCCAUCUUGAAUAUUCCAUCCUCGUGACGACGUCGAAUGGUCGCCUUUCCCUCGGCCGCACUUUUCAGUUCACCUCCACCCACCCAUCAAAGAGGCGAUCACGACUAUCCCUUGUCCAGCAGCCCAGUCUCGGUCAAUCUCCUCACCCCUCCUCCAUUCUCACCAGAGAAUCAUAUACAAACCUCUCCUUCCUCUUGGCGAGACUCUCACCCGACUUCCGCGAUCGCUGGACUUCCCAUCUUCGAUCUGAGCCUCUCGCCUGAACCGACCAUGACUCCAAACUCUACUCCCCCUAGCAAACGGAAGCAUCAUCAGUCGACCUUGGGAUCCGCCUUUCCUGCCCUCUCGUCGAACAAUGUUGCUACCCCCACUUUGCAAACGGAAAAAGUUGCCUCGGACGAAAAACGUAGGCGGAUCUCGACGGGGUGGGAUGAGCUAUGUCGAGCGACCGUCAGGGCUAGGCAGGCCGAGGAGCGAAGACGAGCCAGUGAAACAGGAAACUCGCCCCUCGGAAGGGCGAGAGGAUUCAGAGGUGAUACAGAAGCUGGCUCUCCGAAAGCCAGUCAUACCGUCAAUGUUCGGGCUGAAGGAUCCAGCCUGAGGACCGCCUUUUCUCCUUUCAAGCUGGAAUUGCCCGCGGUUGGUAAUAAGACUGUAGCAGAUACGGCAGAAGCUGAGGCGGAAGACAUCGAUAUGGAAGCGGGAGCGGAAAAGGAAGAUGAGCAGGAAGUGUCAACAAUAAGCGUAGACGAGGCCGAUAUCGAGGAGGAAGACGAAUCUAGCUAUGCCCCGAGCAGGAGAAGACGGCCGAUCCUCGGGUCCGGCUUUGGUGACACCCGGAUAGGUCAUCGAACAAUGACGAGCAAUCUUAGAGCGGGGAAGAGAUAUCAGCGAGAGCAUUUCGUCACUCUACCUCUCAGUCACGCUUCUCCUGCGGGAUCGCCUUCUUACCUUGAACUUUUCAACUCCCAUUCCUUGCUGGACAUCUACCGAGCAGAACCCAAUCCAUACCAAAUGGUUCCCUCCACCCGAGAAUGGUCGCCAGCCUAUACCUGUGCCUUCUCUCAUUCGGCCAAGGAUGCGUGGACCGCUUCUGAGCACAGCUUUGCGGCGAUUGCAACCGAGUGCGGGGGAGUCAGGAUCUUUGACACGAACAAGAGCGACGCGAGCAUUCCUGAGGGAUGGGAAGCCGGACAGAGGAUCGGAUCUGCGUCCACGUUCAGCACGAACACUGCUUCGGCAAGCGAAAAGAAAAAGCAGACGGGACCUAAGCCGGGGUUGUUUGCACCGCAUGCGAAUGCGAUCUACGACAUCAAGUGGUCGGUGGACGAUACCAUGCUCACAACGGCAUGUGCGGACCAAUCGACGGGAAUCUGGGAUACGAGCAGGACGAGCGCGACUUAUCAGCAGUCGGCGCAGAAUAAUGGGUUGAUUACCAAAUUGCGCGGACACACGGCUAGCGUCAAGACUAGCAUAUGGUACGACAGGAACACGAUCGCGACGGCAGGACGGGACGGCGACAUCCAUAUUUACGAUCUUCGUACUACGGGAAGAGAGAUCCCGGGGAACGAUGAUUCCGGCACGGUUUCUGCCGAGUGGAAGAAGCGUGCACGAAAUGAGGGGGACCCUAACGAUUCCAUUUGGCCAGUGUUAUCAAUCAAAAACGCUCAUGGGAUAGGUCCGAUCAAGAAGGAGCGAUGUUCCAACGCGAGGAGUGUGACUUGUCUGGUGCCGCUGGAAGCAAACUCUCACCACAUGGCUUCGGGAGGAUCUGCUGAUGGCAUCAUCAAACUUUGGGAUCUACGCGUCACACAUCGUUCGAGGAAAUUCAUCUCCGAACCUGCGCAACUGAGCCCUGAUCGUACUCUGGAGAACAAUGCGAAGCGCAGCCGGGGAAUCAUCCAUAUGGUCGCUGCCCCAAAGAACGGCAUGAUCUACGCGCUCAGCAGCGAUUCACGCAUCACGGCCUAUUCUCAACACGACCUUACCGUUCCUCUACCGAUCACCUACGCUCACCCCAACCUUACGGCUGCGGGAUUCUACCUCCGUCUUGCUCUAUCACCAUGCGAAAAGUACAUCGGUUGCGGAAGCCGGUCGGGAUCAUUCUACGCCUGGUCGGCGGGACAGAAUACGCGAAAUCACUUGAUGGAAGGCUCUGUGCAGGAAAGCGUCGUUCAAGGGUUGGAAGUCGGAAAGCAAUGGCAUCGCAGGGAAUUGAGCGCGGUGGAUUGGGGACACGACCAGAUCAUGACCUGCUCCGACGACUGCUCGACCCGAAUCUGGCGACCUUCUCGUGCAGCGUAUGAUGCGAUCGUCAAAGAUCCUCAGGAUGCUAGCUAUGAUUGGGCCGGCGUCAACAUCUGAUUGUGGGGGACCGGGAUAUUGCCAUUUACUCAGGCGUCGACUUGUCGAUAUCAUCUUGCUUGUAAUCCUGAUAUAAUGGUCGAGUGAUAUAUACCCACCUAGUGCGCAGUAGCAUGGAGGUUUCGUUUGAUACCGCCGGCGGUCUCUGACACGGCAUGUCAUUAGCUACCGCACUAGUCCGAACAAUAUUCCGCAGGAUCGGCGACUACGGAAGGACGGCGUUUCUGCGUGUACGUUCGAGAAUGCUGAUGGCCUGUCGGUAAUCGGUGCAAUGAUAUAUGAAUCUAUGAAUUCACAGGCA